CUGCAACUCGACCUCUGCGGCUACACUGAAAAAAAAUCCUUGCGCUGUCGUAUUUUUGCCGGCUCUGCGAAAAAGAGACAAGCGGGAAGAACUGUGAUUAUUUGUGGAAACAGAAUACGCUUAUCGGCCGAUCGUUCAAGCAGAACAGCCGAACGAUGAAUAUUCCAACUCAUUGCGCAUUUUUAAUUGCGGCGGCCAUAGUCGCCAUAUGCAGUGCUGAGGGAGUAGGGGAGCGCCCUGCCUAUAGAAGGAGCUUCAUCAAUCCGUAUCCGCGGUACAGAUAUUUCGAGGACGGCGUGGAUCCUGGUGAGCCUCUUUUCCUCACGCCGCUCAUCAACAAUGCCUCCAUUCCCAAGGCGGAUGUGCAGAAGCUGGCGCGCGUCACGGGUUCACAGUUCCAUGGAGUGGAGAGCUACUCCGGCUACCUGACCGUGGAGCCUAGCUACAACUCCAACAUGUUCUUCUGGUACUUCCCUGCCGAGCAGGAGCCGGAAUAUGCUCCCGUGGUUCUAUGGCUGCAGGGUGGUCCUGGAGCCUCUUCCCUGUUCGGUUUGUUCACUGAAAACGGUCCCAUCCAGCUGGACAGCCAUGGAAAACCGCAAAGACGUAACUGCACCUGGAGCAAGACUCACAACCUGAUUUAUAUCGACAAUCCCGUGGGCACCGGCUUUAGUUUCACCGAUAACGAGGCUGGUUACGCCAAGAACGAGAAGGAUGUGGGUCGGAAUCUUCACGAAGCCGUGAUGCAGCUGUACGAGCUAUUCGAAUGGAGCAACUCCACUGGGUUCUGGGUCACUGGCGAGUCCUAUGCCGGCAAGUAUGUGCCGGCCUUGGCUUACCACAUCCACAAGGUGCAGAAUGCCAUUGAGACGCGCGUCUAUGUGCCGCUCAAAGGCGUGGCUAUCGGUAACGGACUCUCGGAUCCGCUGCACCAGCUCAAGUACGGCGAUUAUCUCUACCAAUUGGGUCUAAUCGAUGACAACGGUCUGCUGAGUUUCCACGAAGCCGAGGCCAAGGGGGCAGCCUGCAUUGAAAAUCAUGACUUGGAGUGUGCCUUUGACGUCUUCGACUCGCUGAUAAACGGGGAUCUCACCAACGGGUCACUGUUUAGUAACCUUACGGGCUACAACUGGUACUACAACUACCUGAAGACCCACGACGACGAUGGCGCCGGGCUGGGCGACUUCCUACAGGCGGGCGCCACGCGCCGAGCCAUCCAUGUGGGCAACAAGCCGUUCCACGAUCUGGACAAGGAAAACAAGGUGGAAAUCCAUUUGAAGAAGGAUGUAAUGGACAGCGUGGCUCCCUGGAUCGCCGAGCUGCUCGCCCACUACACUGUGUGCAUCUACAGCGGUCAAUUGGACAUCAUUGUGGCUUAUCCGCUGACUCGCAACUACCUCAAACACCUCAAGUUCCCGGGCUCUGACAAGUACAAAGUGGCUCCUCGGGAGAUUUGGCGCAUUGACGGCGAGGUGGCUGGAUAUGUGAAGCACGCCGGGCAUUUGGUGGAGAUCAUGGUGCGCAAUGCUGGCCACAUGGCUCCCCACGAUCAACCAAAGUGGCUGUAUGAGAUGAUCAACCAUCUCACUCACUACAAGCACUAGGAGUUGGAUACUCGUAACCUUGUAGUCACAACAUUUGGCCUUUCUUUUAGAGUCCUAUAACUUUUGUAAAUCUUAUCUUGAAUAAAUAACGUUGAGUUUUUGGGUCAAUGUUUUAUAAUAUAAA